AUGAGCUUCGUAGUCUUAGACCAUUCUCCUGAUUUGAAUCUCAAUUUCACCUUAAGGGGAAGAAGAUUUGGAACUCUCAUAUUGGUGAAGAACACUCAAUUCACCCCUAGAUCACCUUCACUUUUCAUUACUUCAUCCAUCCCUUCAACCCUUUCCUACCCACAACUUUUGAAAAGCUUUACCAGUGUCCCAGCAAAUCGUGGCAAUGGUGGCGUCUUGAUGGAAUUGGAUAGAUCAUUCCGAACAAACAGGAAAAGUUCUCCUCUCCAUGAGAAUGGAUCUCCUUCUGUGGAUGAAGAACUCGAGUUGGAGAACUCCAUCUUCUCUCCUGACACACAUUGGCCAACUAUUCGAGACGUGGAAACUAUUGAAACAGUUGAAGACAAGAGCACCACUGCGUUAGAUUCUCCAGAUAGCAAUAGUUCACUUUUGGACAGAUUUAAAUCCACCUACAAGUCCUGCAUCAGCCAUGGACAGAGAUUGGAUAAGAGUGUCCAUGUUCUGUUUCGAUCUCCACAGAUGUACUCACCAAUUUCACCGGUUGACAAGAAGAAAACUUUAAAACUUCCUUGGAAAUUGCAUACCCAAAGGUUUGGCAAGAUGAAACUGAUUUGGGGGACUUUUACCCCUAUGGAAGAUACUUGGGACAACUCAAUAAUUGUAUAG